AUGUCUUCACAAACUUUACAUCCUAAACAAGAUGCUGUCAAUAAAUUCUUAACUGUUCUAAAGGAUUUUAGAAAAGAUGAAACACGAGUUAACAAUACUCUUGGUUUUACUCCUUUUGAUAAAAAGCAGCUUAAACAAGCAACUGUUAUGGCUUCCGAAUUAAUGAUUGUAGCCAAUGAAAACCCUAAUGACCCAAUUGAAAAUGUUUUAAAAGUUGCUCAAGAAAAAACUAAAACAAAUGAUCCAGAACUUGUUCAUUGGGCUCUUAUGAUCUUUAUAUCUCAUCAUCCAAGUGCACGUUCUGGUCAAUUGCAUAUCCCACCAUUAACCAAACAUACCCCUCAUAACUCUGUUCCUAAACAACAACUUAAUGUCUUGGCUCCAGGUCCUGCUAUCUUUGGCAGUGGUGGAUUAACAGCUGCUGCUGGUCAACAACAACAAGAAUCCCUAAUUCAAAAUAUUAAUGAAGCUGAAUUUGCUAUAAAUUUCUGGCAUGAAGAUCCAAAUUUUAAUGAACAUCAUGAACAUUGGCACAUUGUCUAUCCUGGUGAGGGUGUUCCUGAUCCUAAAAGAGCUGCUUUAGGAAUUUCUCUUGUCAAUCCAUUAGACAAUUUUGAUGAACCAAUUCCGGAAGUGUACAAUCCGAGUGGAAAUCUAGUUGACAGUGAUCAUACACCAUUUGCAACUCGUCCUUCUGGAUUACGUAUAGGUGACUUGGGUGAGGGGAUGACAGUUGCUGAAUUGAAACAAAUUGAAGCAAAUAUUAAAGCAGCUAUUAAGAAAGGUCAAUUUAAAGAUGUACCUUUCAUUAUACUUAAGGCCCCUACAUAUAGAAUUCAUAUUAAAACAUAUGAAUAUAAACUUGCAAUUAAUAUAUUAUAUGUGAAUGAUACAUCACCAUAG